GAACCAAUGGGAAGAGUCCUUGGUGUCGUCUCGUAACGGCUUGUACCAGACAGUCCCGCACAUUUGUUCGGGGGCUGUCGUUUGAAACGGUCCGUGUGUUGUGGAGAGAAGGGAGUGCGGUCCGUGAGGAACACUCAUCAACAGCUGACCGUAUUUUAGAUCAACCUUCGAAUCAUCUGAACGGUCUCUCACUUGAUUUUCCAACAAACUUCAGCCGGUUUCUUCACAACCGACAUGAUGUGGAAAGCUCUGCUCGCUACUUUCGUGAUGGUCGCCACCAUCGGUGGAACAACUGGCCAACAAGCCAAUACUCUUGGCCAUCAGUACAACAGUCUGGGUUGCUGGAAUCCGUCAGGGUUGCCGUCCAUAGAGGGGCAGGAUUCACGCCUUAAUGGCAACGACUGGACCAUACGGGCAAACGCCAUUCAGAAGUGUUUCCAGGCCGCAUGUCACAUGUGUUACACCGUGUUUGGGCUAGAUGCAAACGGCCGAUGCCGCUCGUCUGCCACAGCGCCCGACGACUACGACGAUGGCGGACCUGCCACGGGCUGUGGGAACACGGUCGGCAGAGGCUGGAAUGGAGCAAUGGAGGUCUACCAGGUCUCAGAUAAACACCGCCACAUCUGUACCAAGUGUCGGGAUGGUAACCCCAGGACUAUGGACUGCUUCAUGGACAUAGUUCUUGUCCAAGAUGACUCUUCCAGCAUCCCCCAUAGUUUGUUUUGGAACACCAAGCAAUACAUGGUCGACUUCACUCAAUGCAUCAACUCGUUUGAUGACCGAGUUGGAGCUAUUCUUUACAACUGUGAAGCGAGGAAGGAAAUCGGUCUGGACGAGUACACAAUUGGUGACCUGGGACUUGAAGCUGACCUCCACUACUUGAUGCAGCAGGGGGGAAUAACCCGAACCGGCCCGGCUAUUCGCUACAUGAGAGACACGACUGCUUUGACAUGGCGUAAUGGGGCUCGUCGAGUGGCGGUAGUUCUGACAGACGGCUACAUCCAAGGCUAUCCACUGGAUGACCACGAAGCAGAAGCUAACGCAGCACGAGACGAUGGCAUCACCCUGUACAGCGUCGGGAUUGGACCCAAUGUGAACAGCGCAGUGCUCUUGGACAUCGCUGAGAUCCCCCCCAAUGUUUUCGACGACACCGACCCAUGCGCUCUUUACGACCGAAUACUGCAAGACCAGUGCCCUGGCAACGGUGGCGGCAAUGGUAACGGAAACAACGGUGCUGGCAACGGCAACGGAAACAACGGUGCUGGCAACGGCAACGGAAACAACGGUGCUGGCAACGGCAACGGAAACAACGGUGCUGGCAACGGCAACGGAAACAACGGUGCUGGCAACGGCAACGGAAACAACGGUGCUGGCAACGGCAACGGAAACAACGGUGCUGGCAACGGCAACGGAAACAACGGUGCUGGCAACGGGUAGCGGAAACAACGGUGCUGGCAACGGCAACGGAAGUAGUGAAUCCCGUGAAUCUAGUGAAACUAGUGACUAGUGAAUCCCGUGAAUCUAGUGAAACUAGUGAAUCCCGUGAAUCUAGCGAAACUAGUGAAUCCCGUGAAUCUAGUGAAACUAGUGAAUCCCGUGAAACUAGUGAAUCCCGUGAAACUAGUGAAUCCCGUGAAUCUAGUGAAACUAGUGAAUCCCGUGAAACUAGUGAAUCCCGUGAAUCUAGUGGAUCCCGUGAAUCUAGUGGAUCCCGGGAGUACCCAUAGGACCGUGGGUACAACUGAUACAGCAAUGACAACAGUGGCUCCUACUAAAGCAAUCUCCAUCACCAUUGACCCUUCCAUAUCACACUAUAGGAUGACUGCGCCCCUAAAGCAUGCAAAUUACCUUAAGAAAUCCUGUUAUAGCAGCACAAUACAUGAUUUACCAGAUGCAUUCCACUAAAAAACUCUUUGUUUCAUUAAAAUAAUUUGUUCCAA